AUGGAUACAUCUAAUGAUUCUCAAGUAUUCAGUCUUGUUCAAGGUCCUGAUCAUGAGUAUGAUGUUUACGGUCAUUGGAUCCAUCUUGCUAAACGUUAUGGAGAUGAUUGUACAAAAUAUCAUUCAGUGGUGAAAGGGGAUACUUGUACCAAACUAGCGAAUAAAUACGGUAUCUCUGUUGGUCAGUUUUAUGAACUCAACACUAAUGUCCAUCGUGGCAAAUGCGACAAUCUCUUCAUUGGCUACAAGUAUUGCGUCAAGCCCGGCAAUAAUGACAAGGACAGUCUCACCGUCAACAAAUUAAUUAGUGGCGAUGAUAAGGACAAGCAGGAAUCAAAGACAGUAUCAGAUAAGAUCACUCAGCUCAAACAACGCCAACUUUUGAAACGCCAAGUCGCCUUUACAUAUUAUUGGACAGCUCAUGCCAGUGAUUACAACAACAGCAAGAGCAAAAAAGUGAACAUCAAGACAUGCGCCGGCAAGACAAUCUCAACUGUAUCCGAAACUUUUGCAAAUGCGCUCGUGAUGGAAGGAAGCGGUGUGAUCUCUAGCUCUAAGGUAGUGAAUCUAGGUUCCUGUGUAUGCAAAAAUUAUGCCUGCUUUAUGGAACUCGAUGCGAAGAAGGAAUCUUAUGGUUUGUCAUCUUAUGGUACCUCUUUACGUCCUUUUAUCACUGUGGCUGCUAAUGAUAUUCGUCGAGAUACCAAGAUUUAUGUGCCUGCUCUAGACGGAUGGUCUCUUCCUGGAUCCAAUAAGAAGCACAAUGGUUGUCUUAUCGUAGAUGACAAGAGCUGGAGCUUUGGUGGAAAUCAUAUUGACUGGUUUGUCAAUCAUAUGGAUUAUUACAAGUCUCUCAAUCAGAAGCAUGCUGUAUCCAAGGUCGAUAUCUAUGAAGGUGGUAAUUGUCAAUUACUCGAUUAUUGA